CUUUCACAGUGGAGAACCACUAAAACAAAUCGAAUUAUUUCCGGAAAAGACAAAAUCAAGACAACACCUUCAAAUUGACAAGCAAAUUAAUUAAAACUUAAUUAUUUUCUUUGAAGCAUAUCCCAACCAAACUAGUAAGCAUAGAAAUGGCAGAAACAAAGUUGAGUUGCUUCAAAGACCAAAAAUGGUCACUCCAUGGCAUGACAGCUCUAGUUACAGGAGGCACCCGAGGCAUAGGAUACGCUAUAGCUGAAGAACUAGCAGAAUUUGGAGCAUCUGUGCAUAUAUGUGCUCGUAACCAGCAAGAUAUUGACAAAUGCUUAGACGAAUGGAAAAGAAAAGGAUUUCGUAUAACAGGGUCGCCAUGUGAUGUACUAUUCCGUGACCAACGCGAAAAUUUGAUGAAAAAUGUUUCUUCAAUCUUUGAAGGAAAACUUAACAUUCUGAUAAACAAUGCUGGAACAUGUUCACCUAAGAACCUCGUAGAUUAUACUGCAGAAGAUGUAAGCAGAGUAAUGGGAAUUAAUUUUGAGUCUAGUUUCCACCUAUGUCAACUAGCACAUCCCCUUCACAAAGCAUCUGGAUAUGGAAACAUAGUAUUCAUAUCCUCCAUUGCAGGUCUUAAAGCUUUGCCUUAUAUUUCUGCCUAUGCUUCCUCUAAAGGAGCUAUGAAUCAAUUCACCAAGAACGUGGCAUUGGAAUGGGCAAAGGAUAAUAUUCGGGCAAAUUGUGUAGCACCUGGAUGUAUUAAGACUGCACUUUCGGAUUCUGUAGCAGGAUCUGGAGACGAAGGUGUUAAAGUUGUUGAAGGUAUUAUAUCUAAAACACCGGCUGGUCACAUUGGAGAACCUGAGGACAUAUCUGCAAUAGUUGCUUUCCUUUGCCUUCCGGCUGCCUCAUACAUCACUGGACAAAUUAUAACUGUUGAUGGGGGUUACAUAAUCUAAUGAAAAAAUUUAUUUCCAUUAUAAAAUAAAAGAAAAAUAUACUAUGACUUCCACUGUUGUACUCGUAUCUUUCACUUUAUGA